AUGGCCAUAGACAGCCACAGAAGGAUGCAGUGGCACCUGAGCCAUCUCAGGCAAAUCCAGAGUCAUCUUGGGCAGACUCUCCAGAAUCUGUGCUUGUACUGGAAUCACCUCCUAUGUCACCAGUGCCAGGAAGUGCCAUGCUUGAUGGUGUAUGCAGCUCAUCACCUGACAUAUUGGCUGCUGCACCAGUUAGAACCUCAUGAAGUGGUUGGAGAAUUAGAUGUGUUGGCAGGGGUGAUGAAAACUACCAGUAUUAUUGAUUUGAGGCGUAUUCAAGAAGGGGGUAAUGAAGGCUUUUAG